AUGGGUUGGAGCACCACAAGUGGCAGUAGUAGUAGUAGCAUGCAACAAGGAAUUACGAGUCGACGAAGAAGCCAAGAUGGUCAGAUUGAAGAUUUGAUCGCGUACGCUCGUUCGAAUUACCAAGAGAAUCCGACCGAAUGUUUGGCGGCCUUGUUGGAAGCCAUGACGUUGAACAGUGGCCACAAUGGUACAGCAAACGCCACGAUGGAUCGAUUGCGGAAUGAACUGGGCGACGAUGUAGCCAAUGCCGUAGGAUCGCAGUCGGAACGAACCCAACGAGCACGACGCAUGGUACAAGCUUUACUAGAAGACUCGUCCACCUUUUUGUACGGUCAAGGACGACAACACAUUCUACAGCAAACCAUGGAAGAUGGAUCCAGUGUCGUAUGCUCCAAGUGUCACGCCGUCGUGGCCAGUACACGCUGGAGACAGCAUCAGCAGUAUUGGUGUGAAACCAUACAAGACGACGGUGAUGACGACCAAGAAGAUCAACAUGAAACUAGUAGUAGCAACAUCAUGGACACGACAUGA